GACCUCCAAAUCGACGAAACCACGCAGAACCGCUCGUCUCUCCCGCAACCCUAUCGUUGCUCUGCUCCGAAGGCACAGGAUACUUGGGAAGAAGGCAAGGGUCUAGGCGCUACUCCAGCGUGGCGGCAGAGUCAAGCACACCCAUCUCUCUUGAAGAAAUGGAGAGUGUUGAAGCUGCAAGUGCGAACUCCGGGAGAGUUGGGAUCAUUGUUUGGACCAAUGCCAUGACAAAAACCAUGCUUGGUUUUUUGGCUGGUCUUGUUGCUGAUGGGAAGAGAACGUCAAGUGGCUUCAGGGACGUGCAUCAUAGACAAUGUGCUAUUGUUUUGAACGAGCAAUUCAAGCUUUCUGUCACCGGAGAGCAAGUCAAAAACCAUCUCAAGAAGUGGAGGAAGAUUUGGACGAAGGUGGUCAAUUUGAAGAAUUUAAGUGGAGCUCUAUGGGAUGAAGAUACUUGCACAAUUAGGCUCAGCGAGGAGCACUAUGCAGGGCAUUGUAUGAUCCACAAAGCUGAUGCCCCCUUCCUGAAUACCCCAAUUGAGCACUAUCAUGCCAUGGCUGCCAUUUAUGGGACAAUUGGGGCCAAGGGGCUGAAUGGCAGAUAUGGCAAUGAUCUUCUUUCCAUUGAUCUUGAAGACGAGGAGAACGGUGAGGUCAACACGUCACCAAAUGUUGGUGAAUCUUCUGUCCCCAAAGCACCACCAAAGAAGAAGGCUAAGGUAAAGCAUGUUCCUGAAGAUCCACUUAAUUUAAUUCUCAAAGAUGGGUUCAAACUUGUGGCCGAUGCGCUUGUGAAGUCUAGUGGAGAUGAUGAUGACAUACCAGAUGACCUUUGGGAUGUAGUCUCCACAUUGCCAGAUUUUAAUGAAGAGCACAUAGCCCACUACUAUGCGCAUCUUGUGGACAACCCAAAGACUGCAAGAGCCUUCAUGAAACUUUCCCAAACCAACAAGUCUGUUUGGGUGAGUAGGUAUAUCAAGAAGAACUUCUAAAUUCGAUACGGUUGUAUGGUUGUCAAGUAAUGUGAACCUGACAUGUAUGCUUCCUAGUGCACUUUGGUUGCUUUUGGAGAGAACUAGGCGUGUGUGGCUGUCAAGUAUGACUUGGACAUGUAUGGCUUUAUUGCAGCUUCAUAUGUGAACUACACAUGUAUGGCUGUCAAAUGCGUUUAAUUAU